UGGGGGGCGGAACCCAGACGGCGACCCGACCCCGACCUAGGUCGCGACCCCCACGCGGGCCCACCGGUAUGGCCCGGCAUGUGUUCCUGACGGGGCCCCCAGGAGUUGGAAAAACAACGCUGAUCCAGAAAGCCAGUGAAGUGUUAAAAUCCUCCAGUGUGCCUGUGGAUGGAUUUUACACAGAAGAAGUCAGACAGGGUGGGAGAAGAAUAGGAUUCGAUGUUGUCACGUUAUCUGGCCUGCGGGGAGUUUUGUCCAGAAUUGGGUCAGAGCCUCCAGCCGGAAAACGUGAAUGCCGGGUUGGGCAGUAUGUGGUGGAUCUGACUUCCUUCGAGCACUUGGCACUUCCGGUCUUGAGGGAUGCAGGUUCCAGCAGUGGCCCAGAGCACAGAGUGUGCGUCAUCGACGAAAUCGGGAAGAUGGAGCUCUUCAGUCAGCCUUUCAUCCAGGCUGUUCGUCAGACACUGGCCACCCCAGGGACUGUUGUCCUGGGCACGAUCCCAAUACCGAAGGGAAAACCGCUGGCCCUCGUGGAAGAAAUCAGAAACAGAAACGACGUUCAAGUGUUCAGUGUCACCAAGGAAAACAGAAACCAUCUUUUACCGGAUAUUGUGACGUGUGUGCAGAGCGGCAGGAAGUGAAGACGGUUCGCACCCCUGCGCUGUGCACUUGAAGGAAUGUGCUGGUUCACACAGAGCCUGGUGGGUGCUCCGCCUGUCAGAGAUUUACACCUUUGGGCUUACCAAACCUUGUGGGCUUUUCCAGAGAAAGCCCGACAGCUGUUUUCCAUAAAAUGUUUAAAAGCUCACAUUAGCCUGAGUGCUGGAUUGGCCCAACGAGGUGAGCCAUCCACUGUGGCUUGUUUUUGCUGAAAGAUUUCUGUUUAUUUCCUCUUGCAGUUGUGCAUACGAUUUUGGCAAAUUAUGAAAUGAGAAAUGGUUUUCAGAGUAUUAGAUGGAACUUGCUCCCAUUGAAGUUUGUAAGUGUGUUCCGGGGAAGGGGGAGAAGGGCGCUCGCUACCUAAUCAGUUUUGCCCGUUGUGAAAAUUAACCCCCUCUCCAGGGGCAGCUUCGGCUCCCAGGCGUAGGAGUUAGUUGGUUUUUUUAAAAUAGUUACUUCAGAGAAAAGCCAUUUGGGGUCCUCCCCACACAUCUCAUUGUUCAUGUGAUUGCUUACUGCUUAAUAAAAAGAAACAGAAACAUA